CUCAUCUUCAGUAACUGUAAAGAACGAAAAUAAUCUCGUCGUCAUGGCAAGAACCAAACAAACCGCCCGCAAAUCUACCGGUGGAAAAGCCCCGAGGAAGCAGCUCGCGACUAAAGCCGCCCGUAAGAGCGCUCCAGCCACCGGUGGAGUCAAGAAGCCUCAUCGUUACAGGCCCGGUACCGUAGCGCUGAGAGAGAUCCGCCGUUAUCAGAAGUCCACUGAACUGCUGAUUCGCAAACUGCCUUUCCAGCGUCUGGUGAGAGAAAUCGCUCAGGAUUUCAAGACGGAUCUGCGCUUCCAGAGCUCCGCCGUCAUGGCCCUGCAGGAGUCCAGCGAGGCCUAUUUGGUCGGUCUCUUUGAAGACACCAACUUGUGUGCCAUCCACGCCAAGAGGGUCACCAUCAUGCCCAAAGACAUUCAGCUGGCCCGCCGCAUUCGUGGAGAACGCGCUUAAAUCCCCAGCGGCGUCCCGCACAUCAACCCCAAAGGCUCUUUUAAGAGCCACAUCAAUUACACUCAACGAGAUAUUUUCCAGUCUUGAUUUUUAGUGGCUUAUGAAGCGAUAUUGACCCAAUGUGUAUUUGGAGGAUGUUGUUCAGAGCACGUAAUCAUUAACACUUCAUGUUAUUAUAAUGGUUUCCUCGUUUUACUUUCAGUUUAACUGGCAUUGAAGGUGUCUAGAUUGAAUGUGCGAUACUAUAUAACACACUUCUGUUAUACGACUAAUAUCAGUUUACAUUGAUAAUAGUUUAUUGUCAGAGUCUUUUGUGUUCAUUUUCUGUAAGUCUCGGUUAAAGUUACACACUAAAUGUCAAAUUACAAA